AUGGCUUCUAUCAAUGACCUAGCAACCGCCGCAUCGGCAGUGUCGGCCCUCAGCUCGUCGACUACCGGCGCCCCGGGUCCUUCUGUCCAUCCCGACGCCCGUGGUGACGAGGCGUCCGUGACGCGCGGUGCCCUGAUUGUGUUGGAAGGCCUCGACCGAAGUGGCAAGACGACCCAGGUGAAAUUGCUCGAGCAACGCUUCGUCGAACUGGGUCGCAAGGUCAAGGUGAUGCGCUUCCCGGAUCGUACCACGCCGAUUGGCCAGAUCAUCGAUAGCUAUCUCAAGAGCCAGGUCGACAUAGAUGACCAUGUCAUUCAUCUGCUCUUCAGUGCAAACCGAUGGGAGGCAGCUAAAACCAUUACAGCCCUGCUCAAUGCGGGCAUUACCGUACUCUGCGACCGCUACUACUACAGUGGUAUUGUCUACUCGGCCGCGAAGCAGAAUCCGACCCUUUCGCUUGCCUGGGCACGUGCUCCUGAGGUUGGCCUGCCACGCCCAGAUUUAGUGCUCUUCCUAGACCUGGACGAGGAGCAGGCACGAGCCCGCGGCGGCUGGGGCGGCGAAGCCUACGAGAAGGCCGAGAUGCAGAAGCGCGUGAGAGAGCUGUUUUGGGGCCUGAGCCUGGGCAAGAUCGAGACGGCGCGCGCUCCGGUUACUGCUUCACGUGACACGGCCGUAGGAGUGGGCAAUGAAGUCGCUGUUGGCCCGCCGUCUUCACAAGCCGUGACAGGGCACGAGUAUCGCUUCAGGCAGGAAGAAGAGGACCUUCAUGUCGUGGAUGCCGGCGCGUCAGUCGAGGAGGUUGCUGAAGAGAUCUGGAAGGUGGUCAAGGCUAGAGUGGAGGCAGUCGAGAGGGGAGAACUGGGGAAAGUGGUGAGGAAAGUCCUGUAG